UCACACGCUUCCUCCACGACUGUUCUGUCAAACUACGGCAGCGCUCUGUCGCACACUUGUUGACGCGGAUGACGUCAGAGUGUGAGGACACACGGGACAGGAAGAGGCGCAGAGGAAUACAAAAAAAAAAAGAAACAAGAUGGCAUCGGGCUCAGAUCACGGGCUGAAAAGAAUAGUUUGGAAAAGAAUAAAAGAUACAAUUAUUACAGACUGCAGGAAAUCUGAAGUAUGGAAGAUAUUGAUUCUGGACCCCUUCACCACCAAGCUCCUCUCAUCAUGCUGCAAAAUGUCCGAUCUGAUGUCAGAGAAAAUAACAAUUGUGGAGGACCUGUACAAAAGCAGAGAGCCUGUUCCAGAAAUGAAAGCCAUCUACUUCAUGUCACCAACCGCUAAGAAUGUGGAUGCCUUCAUUGCUGACUUCAAGCCCAAACCUAAAUAUAAAGCAGCAUAUGUUUAUUUCACUGACUAUUGUCCCGAUGACCUGUUCAACAACAUGAAGCUGUACUGUGCAAAGUACAUACGAGUCUGUAAGGAAAUUAACAUGUCUUUCAUGCCACAAGAGGCACAAGUGUUCACAUGUGAUAAUCCGGGGGCUUUCCAAAGCAUCUACAGUCCCAACAGUCAGGACAAAAAGAAGACACUGGAGACAAUCGCUGACCAGCUCGUCACGCUCUGUGCCACGUUGGACGAGUACCCAGGAGUCAGAUACAAGAAAGACAGCAACAUUGAGAACGCCAAGACCCUCGCAGAGCUGGUGGAUGAAAAACUGGCCAAACACUACGACCUGGAUGACAACGGCAAGAAAAAGGGAAAGACCCAGGCCCAGCUGCUAAUAGUGGAGAGAGGUUUUGACCCCGUCAGCCCCAUUCUGCAUGAGCUGACCUACCAGGCCAUGGCUUACGACCUCAUAGAAAUCCAGAACGACACCUACAAGUACAAAUCUAAAGAUGGCUCAGAGAAGCAGGCCCAGCUGAAUGAGGACGACCUGCUCUGGAUUAAGCUGAGACACAAGCACAUCGCGGACGUCUCAGAACAAAUCCGCAAGUUGGUAAAGGAAAUUGCUGCCAACAAGAAACCACAGCAAGAUGGGAAGAUCACAAUUAACACUUUGGCCCAGAUGAUGAAGAAGAUGCCCGCAUUCCGUAAACAUGUGACUGAGAAAACUAUUCAUCUGCAGUUGGCCGAGGACUGCAUGCAAUAUUACUCAAACAACGUGGAGAAACUCUGCAAAGCUGAACAGGACCUUGCAGUGGGGUCAGACGUGGAGGGGGUGAAGGUGAAAGAUCCCAUGAGGACCCUGCUGCCUGUGCUGCUCCACCCAUACAGCUCCCCCGACAAGAUCAGAGCUGUGCUGCUCUACAUCUUCAGCCUCAGCGGAACAACAAACGAGAACUUAAGCAAACUCAUCCAGCAUGUAAAGAUCGAGGACCAACAAGAGUUCAUCUUGAACUGGAAAGAACUGGGGGUCCCUAUCAUCAUAUCGCCUAGUUUCUUCUCUCGCAAACCGACCAGACGGGAUCGUUCCCAGGAAGAGACUUACAACCUUUCCAGAUGGACUCCGGUCAUAAAAGAUGUGAUGGAGGAUGCUGUGGAGAACAAACUGGACGUCAAAGAGUGGCCGCACCUGUCUGAGAGUCCGGCUGCCUGGAAUGGCUCUGGGGCCAUCAGUGCCCGUCAGAAGCACAAAGCCAGUUCUCAGGACGAACGCCGGACCGGCUCACGCCUCAUCGUUUUUGUUCUUGGAGGGAUCAGCUACUCUGAGAUGCGCUGUGCCUACGAGGUCACCCAGGCAGUAAAAUCCUGCGAGGUCAUCAUAGGCUCGUCUCACAUUUUGACCCCGACCAGUCUCCUGAAUGACAUCAAGGCUCUGAGCAAAACCCCCAUGGAAACAUUCACAAUGGAGGAAAACAGCAAUGCCUGAGAGGUGUCCACUAGCACCAAAACUUCCCCUGCCUCCCUACAUCUCUCUCAGCACAGUGCACUCAACUAUACUUCCUUAAUGGAAGACUGAAGGGAAUUUACCUUUAUACCUUUCUUUAUGUUUAUACUCUUUUCAAACCUGGUGCACAUUUACAGUAGGCAUGAGGGAAAAUUCUCUUUUAACUUGAUCAUUUACUAAGAUGAUGGCCUGCAUAUGGCAUUCAUAGUUUGUGCAUUGUUAUUGUAUUACAUAGAUCAUAUUAAAAGGUAAUUGACCUCAUCCUACUAUAAACAUUUUAAAGUAAAAUCAGUCUAAUCUGCCUAUCUGCAUUUGUGUUGUCUAUUAAUAAAGAUUAUUGUUAUGUUACUUGUUGAAAGACCUCUGAGAAACUUUCAGAGACUUAAUUGUGGUGGAAAGUAGCGCAAAGCUAAUGUAUAUACUGUAUGUAAGCACUGAGUCCCUGCUGUGUCAUUCUGACUUUUUCAGUCACACUUUAUGUAAUUUUGAAGAGUGUUUUUAACAGAGUAUUUACGUUUUUCUUUAAUUGAACAACUGACUAAUAAAUGGAUGAAGUGGUUCAAAUCUG